UUCGCAGUUACCUUGGAAGUCCCAACUUGUGUCGCUGCCACCGUGGUGCUGAAAAUAAUCUGGCAUGUCAUCGUGGAGUGUUAUUUUCAAAGACUGUCGCUCGCAUGUUAAUGACAGGCCUCAUAGUGUAAGCUGCAUUAGCUCUCCUGCAGCCAGGUUCCUACAAACAGUCCACAGGAGCGUUAUCAGAGCUGCCAUUGGGUUUAAAUUUAGCAUAUUUUUAACCUUGGAUCAUUUGACACUGUGUCAUGUCCACUGUUUGUGCUCUUACAGCUGACUGUGCCGUGUAGCCUUGCAAUAAUAAUUGUGAUUUCUAAUUGUCCUGCGUGCUCAUUGUGAAGUUUAAUGUGCCAACUUUAUGGAUUUCUAAAUGCAAAUCUGUCGUCGGGAUAGUGUCCGAGUUUGUUUAUUGGGCUCCUGCAAGGCGUUGUCUCUGAAAUGCAAUAUCAGUUUUGCGUGAAAGACUCCGUUAUUGACAUUAAAUAUACACUGGGUACAGUUGUCAGUGCUCGGAUGACGGCUUUAAGUUAUUUUACUACUGCCUUGAAAUGCAAAGUACAUAUUGUAUCAGGAUAUGUCAGUGCCAACCCAUUGGCUGUGUCAAUGCGGAUCUCGGGCAGAGUCCCUUGCGCUAUAAUAAAACCCCUUAUUAUUCAUGGUAGGGACUAAUACUGCACCGACAUUUGGUCAGUAACUUAUUUAUAAGGUGAUUUAUUUUCCCUAUGCACCGUGAAUCAUACAAAAGAAGCAGAUAUUCUGUAUUUUAAGACUUAAAUAGACGGUACAGGAGAGAUCUUUGCGGUAUUAUGAUCCAGGUGCGUCACUUUCUGCUGCGUAAAAAAAGAAGGACAAACUGUGUCUUUUCUUAUGGAUGUCAUUUUACAAAAGCUGCGCGUUCUAGUGCGUCGAAUCGCCUAAAAGUGUCAAGGUGGAAUUGAAUUUUAACCUUGUUGAAGGACAGCUGUAUUUACUGACGUAUGUUAAUGAAUAUAGGGGAGGUCCUAGGGCAAAAAAAAAAAAAAAAACACGCACGCACACACACUGAAUCAGUUUCACAUUGCAGCUCCGGAGUUCCUGCGUGGAAGGAAAAACGAGACGUGGCGAAAUCUGCUCAGCAAACCAUGCAGGAUGAUUUACUGAUGGACAAAAACAAAGCCCAGCCUCACCAUCAGCAAGAUCCGACGCAAGUAGACCCUCCUCCCCCCUCCACGCCGACCCCGUCAUCGGAUCCCACUUCUUCCUCAUCCGAGUCGGAGAGCCCGUCGACCGGGAGCAACCAAGCGGCUUCAGCGCUGAACAGCGGCAGCAGGGACAAAGUGCCGAUGGAGUCGCCGAUCCUGCCCGGGUUGAGCUUCCACCAGCAGCCGCAGGAGACCGGCGGACCCCUGUCCUCCCCUUCCUCCUCCUCGUUCGGGAGCACUUGGUCCACGGGAACCACGAACGCCGUGGACGAUAGCUUUUUCCAAGGAAUACCCUCGGUGAACGGGACGAUGCUUUUCCAGAACUUCCCGCACCACGUCAACCCGGUCUUCGGGGGCAAUUUCUCCCCGCAAGUCGGCCUGCCCCCCCAGUCCCAACAGCAUCCACCCCAAGCCCCGCAGCAGCAGCAGCCCCAGCCCCAGCAGAGGAGGUCCCCUGUCAGUCCCAGCCAGGGCCCCUUCCCCCAGAGAAACGCUUAUCAGACCAUCAUGAACAACAGCAAGGGGUCUUCGUCGUCAUCCUCUUCUUCUUCUUCUGCCUCGUCGUCCGCUUGGAAUAAUCACCAGAACGCAGCGUGGAGCACAGCCUCCAACCCCUGGAGCGGGCUGCAGGCGGGCAGGGACCCGCGCAGAGCGGUGGGCGUCGGGGUAGGGGUCGGAGUCGGCAUCGGAGUGCCGUCACCCCUGAACCCGAUCUCCCCCAUGAAAAAGCCCUAUACCAGCAACGUUAUAGCUCCCCCAAAGUUUCCGAGACCCGGUCCCCUCACCCCGAAGCCCUGGAUGGAGGAGAGCGCAUUCAGGACUGACAACAGCAACAACAUACUGCCUUUCCAGGACCGGAAUCGGCCCUUUGAUGCUUUUAGCUUGCACUCUUUGGAGAAUUCCUUAAUGGAUAUGAUAAGGACUGACCACGACAAAGGUAAACCACACCCUGCCGGUGGCCCACCAAUGACUAUCGCUGAUAUUAUAUGGAGGAAUCAUUUUGCAGGACGUAUGGGCCUCAACUUUCAUCACCCUGGAGCAGACCACAUAAUGCCAUUGAACACCCGGAGCUAUGGCCGCAGAAGAGGUCGCUCCUGUCUCUUUCCCUUCGAAGACGGUUUCCUCGACGACGGCCACGGGGACCCCUCCCUGACUCCGGGCCUGAACUCGCCGACCCGCUGUCAGAACGGCGAGAGGAUGGAGCGCUACUCCAGGAAGGUCUUCGUCGGAGGCCUCCCUCCCGACAUAGACGAAGACGAAAUCACCAACAGUUUCCGCCGCUACGGGCACCUGGUGGUGGACUGGCCCCACAAAGCCGAGAGCAAGUCCUACUUCCCACCGAAAGGCUACGCCUUCCUGCUGUUCCAGGAAGAGACUUCGGUUCAGGCCCUGAUCGACGCCUGCAUCGAGGAGGACAGUAAACUCUACCUGUGUGUGUCCAGUCCCACCAUCAAAGACAAACCGGUCCAGAUCCGUCCCUGGAACCUGAGCGACAGCGACUUCGUCAUGGACGGCUCCCAACCUCUGGAUCCCCGCAAGACUAUCUUUGUUGGAGGGGUUCCGCGUCCUCUGCGUGCAGUGGAGCUGGCUAUGAUCAUGGACCGGCUGUACGGAGGGGUUUGCUACGCCGGCAUUGACACCGACCCGGAGCUCAAAUAUCCGAAGGGCGCCGGACGCGUGGCCUUCUCCAACCAGCAGAGCUACAUAGCCGCCAUCAGCGCUCGCUUCGUUCAGCUGCAGCACAAUGACAUCGACAAAAGGGUGGAGGUGAAGCCGUACGUCCUGGACGACCAGAUGUGCGACGAGUGCCAGGGGGCGCGCUGCGGCGGGAAGUUCGCGCCCUUCUUCUGUGCCAACGUCACCUGCCUGCAGUACUACUGCGAGUACUGCUGGGCCAGCAUCCACUCGCGCGCCGGCCGAGAGUUCCACAAGCCACUGGUGAAGGAGGGGGGCGACCGCCCUCGACACGUGUCCUUCCGCUGGAGCUGAGGGGUCGGCCCUGCCUCCCUGCCUCCCUCCCUCCUGUCCCCCGGUGAACCCGACCCCACAAACGAAAAAAGAGGAAAAAAAAAAAAAACUCCCACACCCCCCCUCUCCUCUCCCCGCUACCCCGCUGAAGCCGGGGUCAGCACUGCACACCAACUCCUCACCUCCUGCAGCCCCAACAUCUCCACCCUGCUCCCCACAAACACGUCAUGAGGAAAAAAAAAGAAAAAGCAAAAAGGAUACCCUCAAAUAUACAAGAGACUUUCUUCAUACCACACGGCUUUGAACUCAUUGAAAGUCCAUCAGCUUAGAAAUUUGCACUUCGGCACAAAAGCUAAACACACAAACACACACACACACACACACACACACACACACACAGGAUGGUAUGUUUAGACACCUGGCUACUUUCAGUUCCCUGUUCUGUUGACUGGGUGGUGUGGUACGUCCUGUGGGACCCCUCCUUACUGAGACAGAGGUGGGACCAUACAAAUAUUUAAAAAAAAAAAAAAAAAAAGUAUAUAUUUUUUGUUUUGUACCUAUCUAUACAUAUAUAUAGAUAAUUUAAAUUUUAUGUAAAAGGAGCAUGCACUUAUUUUCAAAAGCUGUAGCUAUAUAGCCCCUAGUAAAAAGUAAUUACCAAAGGCGAUUUUCAAUUAAUGCACACAAGAAGAGCAAAAUAGGCGGCUUUAAAUCGUAGCAAGAUUCAACAGCUAUCCAUUAGUGUGGGCCCGUAUCGCCCGGAGUAAAAAUAACACGGCUAUAUUAUUCGCUCUCAAUCUUGACUCUGAAAAUAUUAAUACCUCAUAUGCGCAAUCAGACUAGUUUGCUUUGGAUUUCUAGGUCUUUAUUUUUAUAAUAACAUUUUUUUUUUUUUUUUUUUUUAAAUGUAAAUGUAAUGCUGCAAUAGCUUUGCUGCUAAAUCCAUGGUAUAAACGGAUACCAUACGUACUUUAUUCAGGCUAGGGUGUAAAAACAAAAAAAUAACAGAUGUAGAGAAGAAGCACCUGGUGUUUUUACAGAGACGAGCCGUCGUAAGGGCAACGGCGGCGGCUAACUUUUUUUUUUUUUUUUUUGGGGGGUCGGGGUGGGUCGCCCCUAACUGCAUGUUUAUUUCAAUCAGGUUGCUGCAUGCAAUAGAGUUUUCGAUAUCAUGUCUUACUACCCGAUUCUGCCCACGUUUGCACAAACACACUAUAGUACGUACGUUCGACUCGCACGGAACUGGACAGAAACACGGGGGGAGACCGGUCGGAGGAACCGUGCGGAGGGUUCCUGCACAAAAAAAAUAAAAUAAAAAAAAACACGGGGCAGUGAACGCAUCUGGACGGGAGGGUUAAAAAAAAAAGAGAAAAAAAAACCUUAAUAAUCACGAAAUCAAAUUAAAUGUAGGAUUUACCAUUUACAAAUGUCUAUGAUAGGUGAAGUACUUUUUUGCAGUGAUUGUUGAUAUAAUUGUGCAAUUUUUUAUACCGUAUGUAGUUAGGUCUGAGUAUGCCUAGAACUGUGAUUCGCUUUAACUGUCGUCAAUGUCCGACAUAGAAGUCCUGUGAAACUUCAUAACUAGUGUAUGCACACACAUAUAUAUAUAUGUUCUCUUGUACACACACUUGCACCAGUACACCACACACACAAACACACACACACAUAAGGACGGCUGUCUUUCUUAACGCACACAAACAGGCCUACAAACACCGAGCCUGACCCGAGGAGAGGACGCGAAACAGCUGUGAGCUUAAACUGAGAUCUCUCUCUUUUAAAAGGAAAAAACAAAAAAACUAUAGAUUAUUUGACAAAAGCCCACGUUUACGUCCCAGAAUGCAACCAAAGAGCUCACGUGUUUUCGGCGUUCGACAGACAACGCGCACACACAGACACACGGAAUGAACGGCCACCCUGACACGGUACGGCGGCGCAGUCGGUUUAAAAGUGAGGAAUGAAAUUUUAAAAAAGGAGAAAAGGAAUCGGGGGCGGGCGCCGUUUGGGACGAAACAUUGAAUCUACUGGAGACUUGAGGUUGAUAAACUGAGCCCUGCACACGCUCUCACAAAAAAAUGGAUGGGGUGGGGGGUGGGUUGGGUUAGGGAUAACGGGAGGAACGACGUUGCCAUGCAGAACAUGCAGUUGUGCGAGCUGGGGGGGGGGGGUUACCACAUCUAUCCAGACUUUCUUUUCCUGCAAAGCUUGAAGUAAUGAACCUGCUAACGAAAAAAAAAAAUGGUGGACAUGUAUAUUUUUUAUUUUUAUCAAAAGGUAAAUGGGGGUGCAGUUGAAACCGGGGUGGGCGGCAGUUGAGUGAAUGGCAACUUAAAGUCCCCAUGAAGUUUGCUAGCACCGCGCUAGUUGCUAGUCUCAGAAAGCCACGCCCCAUUUCUCACGGUAAAGCUCUGAUUGGUCAGCUCCGGCGGCCUGAUCAGGAAGUACCCCGUACGUGAACCAAAAGCAGGGGGAAGGAACGUAACAAUUAAAACUUAGUACACGCCCACUAGUGCAGGAUGAGUCAUCAUCAUCAACAUUUUUAUUUUAUUUACAAAUUACAGAAAAUAUUUUUUUUUUGUCACUGUAAAACCACAAACUUAUAUCACGUGCAAUUGCGGAAUUUAAUUAUUCAUGGGGACUUUAAGUGUUGGAGGCAGAGUGGCUCUGGUUUGGAGGCGGGGUUAGAUGAGUGGGUGGGGGGUUGGGUGGGGGGGGCAAGUUACACUGGUUUUAGCAGUUUUGUGGACAAUCCUAAACGGGAUCCUACAUCAUUGCGAGUUAAUACGUGCCCUCCCCUUUUCCCUUCUUCCAAUGUGCCCGUGAGUUGCGAUUGUCCCGUGACAGCGCCCCCCGCAGUCCCUCUCCUCUUUCUCGUUUUAGUCGUAAACUGUUUUUUUUUCCUCCGCUCUAAGAUACACGUAUUUGUUCGUUUCUUGUCCAAGAAAAAAGCUAAUUGAAACUCAGCAGAAGAUACUUUUGUACUGAUAGAAAAAAAAACAACAACAACAGGCUAACCAUGAGUAAUAAUACGUAUAUAUCCCUAUGAAAGUGAAUCCUGGGUGUUUUUGUGACAUUUCUUUCCCCACCCAGACAGGUUUUCUAUGUUUGUUCCUUCUCUAUGAUAGAUAUUUGUUAUGCACUACUCUUUGUAUCUGAAACAGUUUUCAACAGUCAGCGGUUGUUUUUGUUAAGAGACAAAAAAAAAAAAAAAAGACGACAAAGCGUGCUUUCUGACUGACAAGAUCUUUUGCAAUACCUCAAUUUUGAAAUAUAUUAGGAGAGAAACAGAUAUUUUCUAAGUGAGUUUAUUCAGAUGAAAAAAAAUAUAUAUUAAUUUAACUCUUCAAGAGAAAUGAUUUAACAGAUGGUUGAUUUUUUUUAUUUUUAUCAUGCUUUUAUCUUAUUUUUAUUUUUUUUUUGCUUUUAUUUUAAGAAUUUAUUUUUUUGAAAAAGACAACAACUGAAGGAGCUAGAGCUUUAUAACUAAUAUAAUGACGUAGUUAGCGGGAGUACGGUCUACUUUAUCACGGUGGAAGCUGGUGCAAGUGUCCCACUGGUCGAAUUGGCCAAAACAUUAAAAGGAGGAGAGGUAAAAGGAGCUCUUUAGGAAAUCAAAUAUCAGGUGCUCUGAGAGUUU